GUGAAUCAGGGGAACAUGCCGGGCAUCCAGAGCACCUUCCUUGCCAUGGACACAGAGGAGGGGGUGGAGGUGGUGUGGAACGAGCUGCUCUUCACCGACAAGAAGGCCUUCAAAGCACAUGAGGAAAAGAUCAAGACCAUGUUUGAGCAGCUGGUGCUUGUGGAUCACCCCAACAUCGUAAAGCUUCACAAAUACUGGCUGGAUGUGAAAGACUCAAAGGCGAGGGUCAUCUUCAUCACAGAAUAUGUGUCCUCAGGGAGCCUGAAACAGUUCCUGAAGAAAACGAAGAAAAACCACAAGGCCAUGAAUGCCAGGGCCUGGAAGCGCUGGUGCACUCAGAUCCUGUCUGCUCUCAGCUUCCUGCACUCCUGUGAGCCUCCCAUCAUCCAUGGCAACCUCACCAGUGACACCAUCUUCAUCCAGCACAACGGGCUUAUAAAGAUUGGGUCAGUCUGGCACAGGGUGUUUGCAAAUGCUCUGCCAGACGACCUGCGCAGCCCCAUCAGGAUUGAGAGGGAAGAGCUACGCAACCUGCAUUUCUUUCCCCCGGAGUACGGCCAAAAGGCUGACGGGACUGCUGUGGACAUCUUCUCCUUCGGGAUGUGUGCACUGGAGAUGGCAGUGCUGGAGAUCCAGACUAACGGGGACACACGAGUCUCAGAGGAGGCAAUCAUGAGGGCACGACAUUCUCUGGACGAUCCCAACAUGCGGGAGUUCAUUCUGUCGUGCUUGACCCUCAACCCAGACAAGCGACCGACAGCUAAUAACCUGCUCUUCCACCGGGUGCUCUUUGAGGUCCAUUCCCUCAAGCUGCUGGCAGCACACUGCUUCAUCAACAACCAGUAUCUGAUGCCAGAGAAUGUGGUGGAGGAAAAGAUAAAGGAACUGGACCUGAACAUGGUGAUGGCAGAGAUACGGAGAGAGGGUCGGCCCGGAGCACAGUGGAGGUACUCAGAAGUCUCCUUCCUUGAACUCGACAAGUUCUUAGAAGAUGUCAGGAAUGGGAUUUAUCCCUUGAUGAACUUCGCCGUUUCCAGACCCCACGCCCUCCCACGUGUGCUCUCCCAACCCCAGGAGGACCCUCAGAAAGCCAAGACUCCCACCCCAGAGCCCUUUGAUGUGGAGACCAGGAAGGUGGUGCAAAUGCAAUGUAACAUGGAGCUGAAUGAAGACAAGACCCAGUGGCAUCUUACUCUUCUGCUGAUCCUGGAGGACAAGUUGCAUCGACAGCUGAGCUAUGACUUGCUGCCCACCGAUAACUCCAAGGACUUGGCCACGGAGCUGGUGCACUACGGACCACCCAGGGGGAACCCCCCCUGCCACUCCUCCUCACCUCAGUCGUGCCUGCACUGUGUGACAAGUGCAGUCCCCAAAUCCGUGUGA